UGACUCUCCUUUUCAGUAUGGCUAUCGAUGCUACGAUGUGUGCACAGCAAAUGCUUGUAAUUGUAAGUAAACCAAGCUUAAUGUUAAAUUAUGCACUUGUUUUUUUGUAGUUCAACCAGUCAAAAUGGCAAAGUCGAAGAAUCACACAACUCACAACCAAUCUCGUAAAGCCCACAGAAAUGGCAUCAAGAAGCCCAGAUCUCACCGUUACGAGUCAUUGAAGGGGAUGGACCCCAAGUUCCUGAGGAACAUGCGCUUUGCCAAGAAGCACAACAAGAAAGGCCUGAGGGCACAAAGGAAGGCAGCAGCAGUGGCAGCAGCUGCAGCUGCAGCCGCAGCACCUGCAGUCGCACCAUAGUCUGUUUUCUAGUCACACAUCUGUGUCACUGUCACAAUAAAGCUAUGCUUUGUUAAAAAAUG